CCACUGAAGAAGAUGAGGAGAAUUUCUCUGCGAAAUGGCAAUGGCAAUGGUAUUCCCUUUAUCUCUUUCUUUGCUGAUUCAGUUAUUACUGUAAGAACUUGUUCUUCAUGCCAUUACAGUAAUAAAUCUAUUACAGUAAAGGAUAAAAUUGGUGGAAAUAGUAGCAAUUUAGAUGAUGCUGUUACUCUCUUCCAUCAAAUGGUUACAAUGAAGCCUCUUCCUUCAGUUGUCGAUUUCUCUAAAUUGUUUAAGAUUAUGAUAAAGAUGAAACAUUACUCUGCUGCCCUUUCUCUUUUUCGACAAAUGCUGAAAUUGGGCAUCCCAAUUAGUGAUUUCAUCUUAAAUAUCAUGAUUAAUAGUUAUUGCCUGAUGUAUCGGGUUGAUUGUGCAUUUUCGGUGUUACCCAUUUACUUGAAGAAAGGCAUUCCAUUUGAUGUUGUCACCUUUAACACCUUAUUAAGGGGACUCUUUAGUGAAAAUAAGGUCAAAGAUGCUGUUGAAUUGUUCAAAAAAUUGGUGAGAGACAAGAUUUGUGAACCUGAUGUAGUCAUGUAUGCAACUGUAAUGAAUGGGCUCAGCAAAAGGGGUCAUACUCAGAAGACUUUAAGUUUGCUCCGGUUAAUGGAACAAGGUAACACUCAGCCCGACAUAUACAUCUACAACAUUGUUAUAGAUGCUCUUUGCAAAGAUGGAAACUUAGAUGCUGCUAUCAACAUUCUGAACGAGAUGAAGCAGAAAGACAUUCAUCCAGACAUAUUAACGUAUAAUUCAUUCAUUAAUGGUUUGUGUAAGCUCAGUCAGUGGGAAAAGGUUAAAACUUGGUUCUCUGAGAUGGUGAACCUUAAUAUUUAUCCAGAUGUGCGCAUCUUCAAUAUACUCAUAGAUGGACUAUGCAAAGAAGGGAAAGUUGAAGAUGCCGAGGAAGUAAUGAAACACAUGGUCAGAAAAGGUGUAGAGCCUGAUAUAAUCACAUACAAUGCAAUAAUGGAUGGAUAUUGUUUGCGUGGUCAAGUCGAUAGAGCGAGGAGAAUUUUCGAUGUCAUGAUUGAUAAGGGCAUUGAUCCUAACAUUAUUAGCUAUAACAUACUAAUAAAUGGAUACUGUAAGAAAAAGGAAGUGAAUGAUGCUAUGCAAUUGUUUUGUGAAAUUUCUCAAAAGGGAUCAAAACCUGAUGUCGUUACCUACAGUACUAUCUUGCAAGGUCUUUUUAAAGUUGGAAGAAUAGGCCAUGCAAAAAAAUUCUUUGCUGAGAUGCUAUCUGCAGGGUGCAUACCUGAUUUAUACACUCAUGGCAUUGUGCUCAAUGGUUAUUUUAAGUAUGGACUUGUUGAAGAAGCUUUGUCGCUCUUUAAUAAGUUGGAAGGAAAGAGAGAAGAUACUGAUAUUAUUUUAUACAAUAUUGUCAUUGGUGGCUUGUGCAAAAAUGGUAAACUCGAUGAAGCUCGUACCAUUUUUGAGAAGCUUUCUUUAAUUGGAUUGCUUCCGAAUGCGAGAACAUACAAUAAGAUGAUACAUGGAUUUUGUCUUGAAGGGUUGUUAGAUGAAGCUAAUGAUAUGCUAAGAAAAAUGGAGGAGAAUGGCUAUCAGCCAAAUGUCUUCACUUACAAUGUCCUUGUGCGGGGAUUUCUCAGGUGUAGCAAAAUUACUGAAAUGACAACUUUUAUGAAGGAAAUGACGGGUAGGGGUUUCUCAUUUGAUGCAACUACAACUGGGUUAUUGGUAAACGUUCUAAGGGAGAGUCCGUCCGUCCUUGACAUGAUACUAGAGCUUCACUCAAAAAUUAUGAAGUUGUGGAAGCAGAAAAGCCAAUUAGAACGUCGCUUGGGCUUUGCAGGCAGGCUUAUUGAAAAGCAUGAUGUCAGAAUUAUAAAGAAGGUUGCUGGACUGAGAUGGUGUAAUAACUCUGGUAAUAGAGGAAGAAUAUGUAUCAUCUGGGGUAGGGAUGGAACCGGGACGGGGCGGGUUUUGCCUUAUGUGGAGCGGGGAGGGAAGAAGCUAUUGGGAUCUGCUGCUAAUGCGCUACCUGAUAUUGAUCCAAGGGCAAUUACAGUAAGAAGUUUUCCUUCAUGCCAUUACAGUAAUCAAUUCAUUUCAGUAAUUGGUGUUGUAAAUAGUAGCAAUUUAGAUGAUGCUGUUACUCUCUUCCAUCAAAUGGCUGCUCAACCUCUAGAAAUUACUCCUUCCUUGAAAGUGACUUAUCCAUUUGCUUCAUCAUAUCUUGAAGAAACUUUUCUGCUUUCUCCAAAUCAAAUGAAGCCUCUUCCUUCUCUUGUCGACUUCUCUAAAUUGUUUAACAAUAUGAUAAGUAUGAAGCAUUACUCGACUGUUGUUUCUCUUUUUCGCGAAAUGCAGAUAUUGGGUAUUCCAAUUGAUGGGUUCAUCUUGACUAGUGUGAUUAAUAGUUAUUGCCUGAUGCAUCAUGCUCAUUUUGGAUUUUCGGUGUUACCUAUUUACUUGAAGAAUGGCAUUCCAUUUAAUACUGUUACCUUUAACACCCUAUUAAGAGGAAUCUUUGCUGAAAAUAAGGUUAAAGAUGCUGUUGAAUUGUUCAAAAAAUUGGUCAGAAACAAGAUUUGUAACACUGAGCCCAACAUAUAUAUCUACAACAUCGUUAUAGAUUCCCUUUGCAAAGAUAGAAACUUAGAUGGUGCUAUCAACCUUUUGAAUGAGAUGAAGCAGAAAGGCAUUCCUCCGGACAUAGUCACAUAUGGUUCAUUAAUUGAUGGUUUGUGUAAGCUUGGUCUGUGGGAAAAGGUUAAGACUUUGUUCUCUGAGAUGGUGAACUUUAACAUUUAUCCAGAUGUGUGCACCUUCACCAUAAUGAUCGAUGGACUAUGCAAAGAAGGGAAAGUCAAAGAUGCCGAGGAAGUAAUGAAACACAUGGUCGAAAAAGGUGUAGAGCCUAAUACAAUCACAUACAGUGCGAUAAUAGAUGGAUAUUGUUUGCGUGGUCAAGUGGAUAGAGCUAGGAGAAUUUUCGAUAUCAUGAUUGAUAAGGGCAUUGAGCCUAACAUUUUUAGCUAUAACAUACUAAUAAACGGAUACUGUAAGAAAAAGAAAGUGGAUGAGGCCAUGCAGUUGUUUUGUGAAAUUUCUGAAAAGGGAUCAGAACCAAAUAUUGUUACCUACAAUACUAUCUUGCAAGGUCUGUUUGAAGUUGGAAGAGUAGGCGAUGCAAAAAAAUUCUUUGCUGAGAUGCUAUCUGCAGGGCCCAUACCUGACUUUUACACUCAUGGCAUUGUGCUCAAUGGUUAUUUUAAGUAUGGACUUGUUGAAGAAGCUUUGUUGCUCUUUAGUAAGUUGGAACGAAAGAGAGAAAAUACUGAUAUUAUAUUUUACAAUAUUGUCAUUGGUGGCUUGUGCAAAAAUGGUAAACUCGACAAAGCUCGUGCCAUUUUUGAGAAUCUUCCUUUAAUUGGAGUGCUACCAGAUGUGAGAACAUUCACUAUAAUGAUAAAAGGAUUAUGUCUUGAGGGGUUUUUGGAUGAAGCUAACGAUAUUCUACGAAAUAUGGAAGACAAUGGUUGUUUUCCCAACAAUGUCACUUACAAUGUUGUUGUGCAAGGAUAUCUCAGGUGCAACAAAAUUAGUGAAAUGGCAACAUUUAUGAAGAAAAUAGCGGGAAGGGGCUUCUCACUUGAUGCAACUACAACUGAGUUAUUGAUAAACGUCAUAAGGGAGAAUCCUUCCGUCCUUGACAUCAUACCAGAGCUUCACUUAAGAAACAAGAAGUGAUCGCUUGAUUUAUUCAGCUAGGCUAUGGCUGUAAUACAAUUUCCUUUUUAUCCCUGCAAAACAAGUGGCAUCCAAUGCAUUGCAGAAGCUGAUGGCAAUUAGAAUGUUGCUUGAGUUUUCUAGGCAGACCUAUUGAGGAGGUACUUCAAUUUUGAUAUGUUGAGUU